AUGGGUGAAGUUUCUGGCAAGAAACUCCAGCCAGACGCAUUUUUCCUGGACACGCCGUCCUGCCAGCCAUGCUCACGGGAUGAAGAAUUCCUCACAGCCGAGGCCUUCUGCACUGUGUGCAAGGAGUUCUUGUGCUCUACCUGCACAAGUGUACACCGAAAACUCAAGGUGUCAAAGGGACAUACAAUCCAGGACAAAUUCAGCAUGCCUGGUUCUAUAACAGGCCUAGAAAAUGAAAUGAAACAUGAAGACCAAGACAGUCAAAGUUGUGAGAAACAUCCGUCAGAGUUCAUUAAGUACUUCUGUCCAGAACACCAGGUUUGCUUAUGUGGGCACUGCCUGGCUUUGAAACAUCGGAACUGUGAAGUUGAGAUCAUAUCCGAAAUAUCAAAUGAUUUUAAAGAUAGCCAAGAAUAUGAGGACAUUAAUGCAGACAUUGCACAGUUGCUUGAAGGAAUCGAUAGAUGUUCUAUUGACGCUGAAAGAAAUAUCAGUGUUGUUCAAAGGCUUGGCGAAAGAGAACUUUCUAAACUUAGGAGUUAUCGCAAAGAGGUGAACAAGAAAUUUGCAGAUAGGGAAAAGGAACUAAUUGAUCUUAUUGAAAUUAAAAGAACUGCCGACGAAAACUUAAUGAGAUAA